GGUAAAGGGUUAACAGCUUGUUUUGCCACCCAGAGGAGCCUGUGGUCCUCAAACACGUCCGCACAACUGACAUAAAUACGGAAACGCUACCCUUAGCGGCCAUUAGUUUCGUUGAACAACAGCUGAACCAAGAAGAUGAGCGGAAGAGGAAAAGGAGGCAAAGGACUCGGUAAAGGAGGCGCCAAGCGUCACCGUAAAGUUCUCCGUGACAACAUCCAGGGAAUCACCAAGCCCGCCAUCCGCCGCCUGGCUCGCCGUGGUGGCGUCAAGCGUAUCUCUGGUCUGAUCUACGAGGAGACCCGCGGUGUGCUCAAGGUCUUCCUGGAGAAUGUCAUUCGUGAUGCCGUCACCUACACCGAGCACGCUAAGAGGAAGACGGUGACUGCUAUGGAUGUGGUCUACGCUCUCAAGAGGCAGGGCCGCACUCUGUACGGCUUCGGCGGUUAAACCAGACCUGAACUUACAACAACACAACGGCUCUUUUCAGAGCCACACAAAUCACACAGAGAGCCAAUUUCACAUUAAUACGUUGUUGCUGUAAUGUUAGUGUCAAAAUGGCAGUGUUCAAUGUUGCUUGUACGGCGUCCGAAGAUUGAAACUAACCAUGUGUGGACAAGAGUCAGACGUAAUGUUAAUAGUAAAGGCCAGUCGGUGUUUUUCAGUCUCCGGUAGAACGUGGCAGUAAAAUCAUUUUAACUGACUGAGGAGUUACGCGCUAUGCUGGUUUCAAUUAAACACCUUAUUUUAACCGAAUGUGGAAUCAUUUACUCCAGUUUGAACCACAUCACACUUGAACGUGAGAAGCUGCAUGUCUGCCAUGGUUGUAUUAUUUUCUUCAUUAGUCAGGGGCUCAGGAAAGAUGUGUGGGUCUUAAGAGUCGUUCCGUCCAGGGAAGUCAGCUGCAGAGCAAACACUCAGGCAGGGCCUGUUUAAUACGGAGGACGUGAGCGACAACGCUGUCUCUGACAACUGAAUGCAAAUCAGCAGAAAAUCAAUUGUUCAAGUAUUGAGCUAAAUCAAUCUAUGGAUUACAGCGAUACACACGUGCAUUAAACAAACCUGUCAUUGAGUCAAACCCCCAAAAGGAAACAGCUCUUAUGAGAAAAGUAUGUGGCUCUUAAAAGAGCCGUUGUUUUCACUUUGACGACUUUAAGCCCUCUCUCCGCGGAUACGGCGAGCCAGCUGGAUGUCUUUGGGCAUGAUGGUGAC